AUGUGGAUUACCAGAAGCAGGUGCAGACAGAUCCCCACCUCUGGUUCGGCUGCAGGAUUAGUCUCUGCAGACCUACUGCGGGCGAACGUUUGCUCCCCAUGGCAUGUGCUGCUCUCACAGAUUGCCCCGCUUCUGUUCGUCAAGCUCCCUCGCAUCUGGUCCACCUUUCGCCUGAGGGGACACCACAUGACACCACCAAUCCAAACAGAUGUCGGAGCUUCUUUGCUUCAUAACGAGUGUUGCAUUCAGCUGCUGGCAGCGUGGCCACCACCCUUCUUCUUCCGCUUCUUCUUCGCCUUGCGGCAAGGGCUGCAAGUUUCUAACAUGCCAAAGACCGACAGUUUUUACGAACUCUCGGCCUCUGUCUGGUUCUCUCUGUCACCUGGUGGCGGCAUGACGUGA